UCUGGGAGAGAGUGAAGGAUAAACGGCACACACCAUUCCACGCCGUCAUAGCAUUGAAUGGACUUGAUACGGGCUUGAUCACGGAUUCAAUCAGAUGCGUUCCAAGACAGUGAAUAUAUAUUAUUUUUUCUUCUAUUUUUUAUUUUUUUUAACCCACGAAAGGAGGCGCCGUGUCAACGGACAGCGUCAGUAAACUUGACACAUGAUGGGACAAGCUAGCGGUGUGCAUUAUUGUAUCAGUGGGCGAUUUUCACCUAAACAGGUAGCAAGCCAAGCUGACUAUCUUUACCGUAGGCUACCGUUGGCAAAUGACACGACUGAUAUGGGAGCUACCGGCGAUGCGGAAUGACUUCACGGUCCGCCACUGAUCAGUUGAUUUUGUUUGCGGGAGACGAGAAUCAUCUGCGACAACCGCAGUCGACAUAAUACGAAAGACUGAACGGAGCAUCAACGCUUUUUUUUUCAUGUAAAGUUCAAUGCCAAAAAACGAACUGUGAAACGUUUAGAAGUAUUAUUCAUUUUGUGGCUGUCCCCGCCAGCGCUGCUUUUUUUUCUUCUUCUCACAGUCAACUGCCGUUAUAUAGAACCCCCCAAAAAAUCAUUGCGCUUCACAGACACGGACUUGCAGAAAUCUAACGGCUUCGAUCAAUAAUGAUAUCUUACCACCGGAGUAAAAAACAGGAUAUUCUAACUCUGAAUAGGAUUUGUAUCGAAUAGGAGAGGAGGCUACUGUGCACAACCGCAAUUUUGGGCAUCAGAAGAAAACGCAUUCCUAUUAUCGCAUGCACUAAAGGGGAUUUUUCUUUUGGAUAACGGGUUGUCCGUGUGUGGAAAACUACCCUUCUUCAAAUGCAAGAAUUCACCAAUCCCUCACUUUGACAUUCAACAUUGCAUUGGAAGAAGAAGAAGCGUUUUUGAAUUCCAGAAGGCAGGGUUUGAACACCGUAACUACAGGAACCGUUGUUACCAUGGAUCUAACAGACUGUUACCUGUUGGCCGCGCUUGUUGCCUGCUUUUGGAUAGACCCUUCUAUAGCCCAGGAACUGAUCUACCCCAUCAGAGAGGAGCUGCAGGAGAACGUUCUCAUUGGAAACAUACCAAAGGACCUGAACAUCUCCCAUACGAACGCUGCUACCGGAGCCAGCGCUAACCUGGUCUACAGGCUGGUGUCUAAAGCUGGGGACAACCCUCUGCUCAGGGUGCAGAGCAGCACGGGAGAGAUAUUUACAACCUCUAACCGCAUUGACAGGGAGAGGCUCUGUCCCGGCCCCUCGUUCGAGGAGAGCGAGUGCUCCUUCGAGAUCGAGGUGGUGAUUUUACCCAACGACUACUUCAGACUGAUCAAGAUUAAGAUCGUGGUCAAGGACACCAACGACAACGCUCCCAUGUUCCCGUCUCCCGUCAUCAACAUCUCCAUCCCGGAGAACACGCUGAUCAACAGCCGUUUCGCCAUCCCUUCCGCCACCGACCCCGACACCGGCCCCAACAGCGUCCACAGGUACCAGCUGGUGAACGGGCAAAGCGCCUUCGGGUUGGACAUCGUGGAGACGCCGGAAGGGGAGAAGUGGCCGCAGCUCAUCGUUCAGCAGAACCUGGACAGGGAGCAGAAGGACACGUACGUCAUGAAGGUCAAGGUGGAGGACGGCGGCGCGCCGCAGAAAUCCAGCACCGCCAUCCUCCAAGUCACCGUCACGGACGUUAACGAUAACAAACCGGUGUUCAAGGAGAGCCAGAUCGAGGUCCACAUACCGGAGAACUCGCCUAUAGGGACGUCCGUGGUCCAGCUACAGGCUACGGACGCAGACGUCGGGGCGAAUGCAGAAAUCAAAUUCAUGUUGGGGACGCAGGUGUCCCCAGCUACCAAGAGACUGUUUGCUUUGAACGGCACCACUGGCCUUAUAACCGUACAGCGGCCCCUCGACAGAGAGGAGACCGCCAUACACAAGUUAUCUGUGUUAGCGAGCGACGGCAGCUCCAGCCCUGCCAGAGCUACCAUAACUAUAAACGUGACCGACGUGAACGACAAUCCACCGAACAUUGAUCUGAGAUAUAUCAUCAGUCCCAUCAACGGCACUGUGUUCCUCUCAGAGAAAGACCCAAUCAACACCAAGAUAGCUCUGAUCACUGUGUCGGACAAGGACACGGAUGUCAAUGGCAAAGUCAUCUGUUUCAUUGAGAAGGACGUCCCCUUUCACCUCAAAGCGGUGUACGACAACCAGUACCUACUGGAGACAUCGGCGCUGCUCGACUUCGAGGGGACCAAAGAGUACAACUUCAAAAUCAUAGCCUCUGACUCGGGCAAGCCGAGCUUGAACCAGACAGCGUUGGUGAGGGUGAGGCUGGAGGACGAAAAUGACAACCCGCCGAUCUUCAGCCAGCCCGUCAUCGAGCUGGCCGUCAUGGAGAACAACAAACGUGAUCUCUUCCUCACGAUGCUCAGCGCCACCGAUGAGGACAGCGGAAAAAACGCGGAGAUCGUCUACCAGCUGGGCCCUAACGCCUCGUUCUUCGACCUGGACCGUAAAACCGGUGUCCUCACGGCCUCCCGGGUGUUCGAUCGUGAGGACCAAGAUCGGUUCCUCUUCACGGUAACGGCUCGGGACAACGGGACUCCUCCGCUCCAGAGCCAGGCGGCAGUCAUCGUGACAGUACUCGACGAGAACGACAACAGCCCCAAGUUCACCCACAACCACUUCCAGUUCUUUGUGUCAGAGAACCUGCCCAAGUACAGCACGGUGGGGGUGAUAACCGUCACAGACUCAGACGCCGGGGAAAAUGCAGCCGUCACGCUGUCAAUACUCAGCGACAACGAGAACUUUAUCCUGGACCCGUACUCUGGAGUUAUAAAGUCCAACGUGUCCUUCGACCGGGAACAUCAGAGCUCCUACACCUUUGACGUUCGGGCGGUGGAUAGCGGGCGGCCGCCAAGUUCCUCGGCCGCCAAGGUGACCAUCAAUGUCAUCGACGUAAACGACAACAUCCCCAUCGUCAUCUACCCCCCCUCCAACACCUCCUUCAAACUGGUCCCGCUCUCGUCCAUCCCUGGGUCAGUGGUGGCUGAGGUCUUCGCUGUGGACGGUGACACGGGGAUGAACGCAGAGCUCAAGUACACCAUCGUGAGCGGCAACAACAAAGGUCUGUUCCGGAUCGACCCUGUGACAGGAAAUAUCACCCUGGAGGAGAAGCCUGCUAUCUCCGACAUCGGCCUCCACCGGCUGGUCGUGAACAUUAGCGACCUGGGCUACCCCAAGUCCCUGCACACCCUAGUGCUGGUGUUCCUCUACGUGAACGACACGGUCGGCAAUGCCACGUUUAUCUACGACCUCAUCCGCCGCACCAUGGAGACCCCCCUGGACAGGAACAUCGGGGAGAGCAGCGAGACCUACCAGAGCGGAGACUAUCUUACCAUCAUGAUCGCCAUCGUAGCCGGGGCGAUGGUGGUGAUUGUGGUGAUCUUCGUGACGGUCCUGGUGCGCUGCCGCCACACCUCGCGGUUUAAGGCGGCCCAGAGAAAGAAGCAGGGCGCCGAGUGGAUGUCUCCCAACCAGGAGAACAAGCAGAACAAGAAGAAGAAGCGUAAGAAAAGAAAGUCGCCCAAAAGCUCCCUCCUGAACUUUGUCACCAUCGAGGAGAACAAGCCGGACGACGACCAGGCUCACGAGCCCAUCAACGGCACCAUCAGCCUGCCCGCCGAGCUAGAGGAGCAGGGCAUGGGCCGCUUUGACUGGAACGCUGCUCCUCCCACCACCACCUUCAAGCCCUCCAGUCCGGACCUGGCCCGGCACUACAAGUCCGCUUCUCCGCAGUCCGCGUUCCACCUCAAAGCAGACACGCCGGUCUCCGCGAAGAAGCACCACGUGAUUCAGGAGCUCCCGCUGGACAACACCUUCGUAGGGGGCUGUGAUACUCUCUCCAAGAGAUCCUCCACUAGCUCAGACCACUUCAGUGCCUCGGAGUGCAGUUCCCAGGGAGGAUUCAAGACUAAGGGACCCAUACACCCAUCCAGACAGGUAAAAGAUAACUUUUACUGGUCUAUAAGUACUGCUUAUAACUGCCCGGUCCAACAGUGUUGAGAUCCUACUAUAUAUUGUACACACUAUAGCUGACGUGGUCUUAACGUAUACACGUAAACACCAGUGAGAAAGAAAGGGGGGGAAGUACCUCCACUAUAAGUCCCACUAUAAUUCCCACUGUACCUUUUAAAAAAACCCAAAAAAAACAAAAAAAACUUGAGGAUGAAUUUCAUGAAUUCACGUAUGACAUGUGGUUAGCUAUGGACUGAAACAAAAUCACAUGGAGCAUUUCCCCCCUUUGAAUCUCCUACCUACAGACUCUUGCUGUUUAUUAUGUUCCCCUGUUUUUUAAAAGUUAUUUAAAAGGAUAUUUCAAUCAAACGUGUUCCAAUGGCGGACAACCGCCUAAAGCCUGGUCAGAUUCCACAGACACGUGACCUUUAAUGGGGUCUCAGAGGUUGAAUGAGAUAAAUGGUGGCCGCGCGUCAAAUGGCCCCUUGUUCCCUUUGUAGUGCACUACGUUUGACCAAGGUCCAUAGGGGCGUAGUGCACUAUAAAGGGGACAGUGUGCCAUUUGGGGUGCAGCCUAGAUGGUUGAUAUUGAUUAUGGUGCAAAGAUACAAAAUAAUGCCUUUCGAAAACAUUUUUUGUGAAAGAAACAUUUUUUUCUCGCCUGUCUACUCAGCUCACCAGCUCACCAUUUUGAUUAUAUUAUGGAAACAAUCUUGUACCACAACCUCCAAUAGUGAAACCACUCUUGUGUUAUCUUUACUGAGUCUCCUAGACAACACGAUGCUUCCAGCUUCUGACAAUCAUCACUAUAUCAUUUAUCUUGUGUCUAAAAAAAAAAAAAAAUACGUUGACAUUCCCCUUUCCCCUCAUGACGUUCUAUAUGAAAUGUGUGCGUAGACGUUAUUUGUAGAUCUCUAUAUGUGUGUGUAUAAUAUUACUACAACGACACACAGUACCCUCGACCUGCUUGCUACUUGAAGUGAGAGUUAGAACCGUAGUAGUAAUAAACUACUAUUAUUAUAAUAUACUAAACUAAUAAUUGAUACUUAAUUGUUGAGUAAUAUCAGUAGAGGAAACAACCCAAUCAUCAGAGCUUAAACCGACCAUAUUCUCCUCCUCUCUCUACGGUGAAUCACUGUCCUAUCCUAGCCAGCUAACUGUGUGUGUGUGUGUGUGCGUGUGCGUGUGUGUGUGUGUGUGUGUGUGUGUGCGUGCGGCCAUUACGGAACCUGAUACACAUCCAAUUGAAAAAGGAUUAUUCAAUAAUGAGGACUCAGAUUCCAACCUAAUCCAUGAUGUGUUUUUAUCAAAGCAUUAUUAAUUUGUCCUGCUAAUAAACCCCCCAACACAACAUGCUCUUCCUGGUGUAGUAGGGAAGGGGAGGAGCUACAUGGAGGGAGAGAGA